UAAACCACUUCAUUCCGGCUAACUGAGCGGGCUGUAGUUGUUUUUAAAUGGUUAAUUUAGCGAACUUCGACGCUCUGAUUUUCCAGUUGAACUGCAACGCAGCAUAACUGUUACGGGUUGGAACACUCGCUAAACGAAGAAGCAUCCGGUACACGAUAAAGAAACUUUCACUUCGCAAUGUCAGGCUCAGUUCCAGAAGGUGCUGGUGGAGCGCCUAGCAACAAACGUUUGCACCAGACCCAGGCCCAAGUUGAUGAGGUGGUGGAUAUAAUGCGUGUAAAUGUGGACAAAGUGCUGGAACGGGACCAGAAAUUGUCUGAACUGGACGACCGAGCAGAUGCACUCCAGGCUGGAGCUUCCCAGUUUGAGACCAGUGCUGCCAAGCUCAAAAGGAAGUACUGGUGGAAGAACUGCAAGAUGUGGGCUAUCCUGAUCGCUGUCCUGCUGAUCAUCGUGAUCAUCAUUAUCAUUUGGUCAAAAUCGUAAAACACUGGCAGGCACAGGAGGAAGGAAGAGGAUAUUAGCAACACGCAUCACUGAUGUUUUAGAGGCAGGGGUCACAUGAUUAGAUUAAAGAUUAAAGUACCAAUGAUUGUCACACACACACUAGAUGUGGUGAAAUUUGUCCUCUGCAUUUGUCCCAUCCCCUUGGGGAGCAGCGGGCAGCAGCGGCGCCGCGCCCGGGAAUCAUUUUGGUGAUUUAACCCCCAACUCCAACCCUUUGUUGCUGAGUGCCAGUAGUGGCUUCUUUGUUCCAUAUUUUCUCCCUGGAAAGGCAAGCGGGCUAUCAUUUCUUGUCCUCAGUGUGCACGCACUCCUAUGUGCCUCAGUAAAGGAUAACGGCUAAGUACCGGUCUUACCGGCAUUACUACACUAUACCAGAUUUAGUGUCAAGCCACAUACCAAAGACACGCAGCUAAUUAAUUGAACCCAAACUCAACCAGUGUCACAUGUUGAACGCUAACUUGCCUUUUUACAUACAAGCAUUGCUAUCCAUUGGACAAGAAAUAAGAUGUAUAGUUGUGAACUCCUCUGAAAAUUGUGUUCAAUGUUUUAUUCGCCAAUAAUGUGUGCCAAGUUUAGAUGUGCCUUUAGAAAUACUGACCGUUUUCUUUGAAACUGUUCUGGUUAUCACUGGAGCAAUGUUCAACAUCUGAAUUGUUCCAGUCAUUAAGAAUAUACAGUACAGGCCAAAAUUUUGGAUACACCUUCUCAUUCAAUGUGUUUUCUUUCUUUUCAUGACUAUUUACAUUGUAGAUUGUCACUGAAGGCAUCAAAACUAUGAAUGAACACAUGUGGAGUUAUGUACUUAACAAAAAAAGGUGAAAUAACUGAAAACGUGUUUUAUAUUCUAAUUUCUUCAAAAUAGCCACCCUUUGCUCUGAUUACUGCUUUGCACACUCUUGGCAUUCUCUGGAUGAGCUUCAAGAGGUAGUCACCUGAAAUGGUUUUCACUUCACAGGUGUCAUAGUUUUGAUGCCUUCAGUGACAAUCUACAUGGUAAAUAGUCUUGAAAUUAAAGAAAACGCAUUGAAAUGAGAAGGUGUGUCCAAACUUUUGGCCUGUACUGUAUAUAUACUGUAUAUACAUUCUGCCUAAUUUCAAAACAGCGCUGUUAAGAGUCGAUCAUGCCACCUAAUGCCGUAACUUAUUUAUACACAUGGGCUGAGUGCUUAUGUACUUUUAUUUUGAAGACAUUAGAUUUUAGUUGCAAUAUAUUUUCAUUUCCUGAGAGUAAAAUUUGAUUGUGAAUGCAGGAAAGCCUGUUUGCAUCUUGGUGUCAGGAAGAGUCUCCAUUUAAACAAGUGCCUAAAGUAUCUUAAAUUGGAAGAACUUAUUUCUUUUUGAUAUAUUUUGUCUAAAAGAACGACAAUCUAAUUUUCGACAAAUGUCACCAUCGACGGAAAGGAAUAUGCCUUUAUUCUUUCUGCAAUGGUAAAAUUCCGGAUACAUCUAUGCAGCAGUCCAUGGAAUAUUCACUACCAGAGUAGUGCCUUCUAAAUCCACAGAAAUGCAGCUCUCAUUAUUAAUGUAUGUAUCCCAUCUCAAUCAAAUUCAUCCAUAUUUCAUGCCCUUUUAUUACGCAUGUAGCUAUGUUUUGAAACUAAUGUAUGUAGAACUAAUAUUGAAGGUUGGUUUUGUUUGUGUCCACUCCUGCCAAGCAUUGCAGCUGCUUGCAUUUGUAUUAAACGUUAGUUGGGAAUUGA